AAACCGCGUGGUAACCGAAUCAAAGGCAACCUUCCCCACAAAAUUCCCCAAUCUUCUCCUCCCCGGAAAAAUCCCCAAAUCCGAUCUCCUCCCCGAGAGAGAGCAAGGCGUCGGAAGCGGAGAAGAUGGGCAACCCGGAGAAGCUGAUGGCGCAGAUCUUCGACCUCAAGUUCACGUCCAAGUCGCUGCAGCGGCAGGCGCGCAAGUGCGAGAAGGAGGAGAAGGAGCAGAAGCUCAAGGUGAAGAAGGCCAUCGAGAAGGGCAACAUGGACGGCGCCCGGAUCUACGCCGAGAACGCCAUCCGCAAGCGGACGGAGCACAUGAACUACCUCCGCCUCGCCUCCCGCCUCGACGCCGUCGUGGCGCGCCUCGACACACAGGCCAAGAUGCAGGUCAUCGGCAAGUCCAUGGGCAACAUCGUCAAGUCGCUCGAGUCCUCCCUCAACACGGGCAACCUCCAGAAGAUGUCCGAGACCAUGGACAGCUUCGAGAGGCAGUUCGUUAACAUGGAGGUCCAGGCCGAGUUCAUGGAGGGCGCCAUGGCCGGCUCCACCUCGCUGUCCACGCCCGAGACCGAGGUCAACAGCCUCAUGCAGCAGGUCGCUGAUGACUAUGGCCUCGAGGUCUCUGUCGGGCUGCCACAGGCCGCCGCGCACGCCAUACCCGCUGCCAAGGACAAGGAGAAGGUCGACGAGGACGACCUGACCCGCCGCCUCGCCGAGCUCAAGGCCCGCGGCUGAGUUCAGAUACGACUCUUGCAACGUCCCCUUGAGCCGCUCCGCUAUUAGCCGAUGCCCAUGUCUAGGGUUGUUCAUGUCUGAUAGUUUGGUAAAUACUGUUAAAAUGAGGCGUGCUUAUCUUGGAUCUGUGUGUGGGACUGAUCUAAACAUUGAUGUGUGAUAUUAUGAGUCAAAUAAAAUGUAGGCAUGUGAAUGUCUUGUGUUGUUGUCCA